AUGGUUGUUGUUCUCCUAACGGGCUCCAAAUGUUCUGGGAAAAAGACCGUUGCAGAAAUAUUACAUCACGACCGCGGAUGGAAUUGGAUUGAUUGUGAAGCGUAUCUCAGAAGUGGUGACGAGUUUGAAUCAACCCCGCUGAACAAGAAGGCUAACAAAGAAAAUAGUAUUUAUGCUCAAUCUAGGCAAAACAUUGAGCGGUCGGCGUCUUCGACACACCCCGAAUUCGAUAGAAAUGAUGACAACUUCUGUGGUACUCCGGCUCCACCGCCAUUGAAUGCAUCAACACUCCAGACAUCAGCGCCCAGCGAAGAACAACUGCGCCACUUCAGAUUGGCAGCAUUGAAGAAAGAAAUUAUAAAACGUUACGAUGAAAAUAUUGUUGUUUAUUCGAUUAGCCAUCUAGCGAUAUUACAGACGUUAAGAACAAGGCCGUACGUGGUUGUCGUUGCUAUCGAUUCGGCAAUUGACUUGCGGAUGACCCGCUGGCAAUCUCUUCAUUCAGACUCUUCUCUUGAGAACUUCAUCAAAUCGGAUUCUUCUGUACGGCGUUGCGCAAUAGUUUUUUCCCCUGCAUUAUUUCUUCCUCAGCAUAGCCAUGGAUGCCAGGAGUGCAUCAAAAGGCCUUCCAGUUCAGCGGCAUUAACAAGGGCUUUAGCUUCAAGUGAUAUUGGUCAUCACCAUCAAUAUAAUCAUCACCAUCAAUAUAGUCAUCACCAUCAAUAUAAUCAUCACCAUCAAUAUAGUCAUCACCAUCAAUAUAAUCAUCACCAUCAAUAUAAUAUUACCAUCAAUAUAAUCAUCACUAUGUUACCAGAUCUUGGUUUGGGUCAUCCGUCCAUCUUUCGUCCUUCGUUUGAUACGCAAUUCAUGUCAACUGCUCAUGUGAUCUCAAGUCGUUCAAAUUGCAUAAGACGCCGAGUUGGGGCUGUUCUGACGAAAGAUUGUAUC